GCUUCCUGAGCGCGCCCCGCCCCGCCCGGCGCUGAGCCCCGCGGCCACCGAGCGCAGGUGUCGCGGCGCCCUGGUCCCCGCUGCCCGCGCCGUGCUCGCCCCGCCCGCAGAUGCAGGCCGUCGCCCUCCCCGAGGAGAUCCGGUGGCUCCUGGAAGAUGCUGAAGAUUUCCUGGCAGAAGGAUUGCGGAAUGAGGACCUGAGCGCUGAGGCCUGGGACCACAGGGCCCACAUCCUCCGGGGCUUCCAGCAGAUCCGAACCAGGUACUGCUGGGACCUCCCACCGCAAGGAGGAGAACGCGGACCUGACAGUUCUGAUGACGCUCACGGCCCAUUGCUGGCCUCAGACGCCCCCUCGUUGGCAGAGUACCAGGAUGAGGGCAUGGAAGGGUUCCUUCGGGGCGCCCAGGAGCUGGACAGCAUCCUCAAACAGGGCUACCUGGAGAAGAAGAGCAAAGAUCACAGCUUCUUCGGGUCGGAGUGGCAGAAGCGAUGGUGCGUGCUGGGCAGAGAUCUCUUCAUCUACUACGCCAGCGAAAAGAGCAAACAGCCCAAGGGGACCUUCGUGAUGAAGGGCUACAGUGUCCGGAUGGCCCCGCACCUGCGCAGGGACUCCAGGAAGGACUGCUGCUUCGAGCUGACCUCCGGGGACAGACGCAGCUACGAGUUCACAGCUGCAAGCCCAGCGGAAGCCAGAGACUGGGUGGAUCAGAUCAGCUUCCUGAUAAAGGAUCUGAGCUCUUCAACCAUCCCCUGUGAAGAAGAGGAGGAAGCAGAGGAGGAGGAGAAGGGAGAGGAAGCGGAAGAGACAUAUGAUGAUAUCGAUGGCUUUGAUUCGCCAAAUUCUGCUCCCCAGGGAAGACCCGUGACCUUGCCUGGGAGCCUGAGGACCAGGGAGUCCACAGAGGACAGGGACGAGGACAUCUAUGAAGUCCUGCCAGAUGAAGAGCUUGAGCUAGAAGAGGACGAGCAUGAGGCUCCACGGAAAGGAGUGGACUACGCCAGUUACUACCAGGGCCUGUGGGACUGCCACGCUGACCAGCCGGAGGAACUGGCCUUCCAGCGUGGGGACCUCAUUCGCAUCCUGAGUAAGGAAUACAACAUGUAUGGCUGGUGGGUCGGAGAGCUGAACAGCCUGGUGGGGAUCGUGCCCAAGGAGUAUCUCACCGCUGCCUUCGAUGUGGAGGACAGAUGAGACCCAGGAUGGAGACUCAGACUAUCAAGAAUUUGGCCUAGACCCCUCUUCUCUGCAGACAUCAAGUCCCAGCAGCCGGGUGGAGACCGAGGGAGGAGAUGCAGCCCCGCCCCUGCCCCCCCCACGCCCCCCCAGCCUGUCCCCGCCCCCUCCGCCUCCCCGCGGGCUCCCUGGUGUGCAAAGCGCAAAUAAACUCCAGAUGUGGUUCACCUGCCGCCUUGUGCACAGGAGAUCCUCAGUGUCGCGAUGCCACUGUCCCCACCCCCAGCGGAGCGGGCAGGGACGGCCAGAGGGAUGCAAAAGCCAGGAGAGAAGGUGCCUUGCGGGUGGCCACCAAGACCCAGUCAGCUCGGAGCCCGGGUCUGCCAGCCGCCGCAGGCUUCUCGCCUUGCUCUGCUCAGCUGCUUGCUUUUCAUCAUCUUCUGCUUUGUUUGUUUGUUUGUUUGUUUGUUUGCCUGUCUGUUUUUGGAGACAGGGUCACUCUAGGUAGCCCAGGCUGGCCUUAAACUCACAGCAAUCCUCCUGCCUCAGCCUCCUGAGUGCCGGGAUGACAGGUGUGUGCCAGCACUCUGGGCUUUUCCUUUUCUCUACCGCAUCUCCCCACGACAGAGCCAGGCGCCAGGCCCGCAUCAGCACGCUGGAGAGCUCCCCAGCCCGGCCCUAACCAUGCCGCAUGUGCCCGUCAGUCUGUACCAAGGCCCAGAGAGGGGCUGAGGAGGUCCUCUGAGGCGGGCUCCCUGGCACAGGGCGUGCUCUUUCUUGUCCCUGCACCCAGCACUUAGGUUAUCUAUGAACUGCAAAAGCGGCAAAGUAGUGAUUAAAACAUACACUGUAGCCGGCGUGGUGGCGCGUUCCUGCAAUCCCAGCACUUGGGAGGCUGAGGCAGGAGGAUCUUUGCAAAUUCAAGACCAGCCUGGGCUACAAAGUGAGCUCAAGGCCAGUCUGGACUGCAUUGCUAGACCUUGUCUCAAAAAGACCAAAAAACAAAACAAAACAAAACACUAUAGCCCGCAUUGGUGAAUGCCUGUGGUCCCAGCAUUCAGGAGGCUGAGGUAGGUGGAUCACUGAGAAUUCCAAGCCAGUGAGUAUACUCUCCUUGGUGAGUCACUAGGUAAAUAGGAAGAUGAAAAGGUUUAGUACGUGUAGGGUACUUGGCACAAUGCCUGGCAUGUAUGCAGUGUGCACUCAGUACGGUUAGCAGUCAGGCAGUGACCUAACUGCAUGAGAAACUUGGAGAAGGUCCCGAGCAGCCACAGGGAUGUUAUUACUGACACUUCCUAGUAAGGGCAGUCCUGGAGGGUUGGAAGCCUGAAGCAGGCCUAUUGUGGCCCUUCGGGAGGCUGAGGCAGGAGGAUCACUGUGAGUUUUUGGUCAGCCUGAGCUACAUAGCAAGACCCUGUCUCCAAAACAAACAAAAAGGUAAGAAACUGAAACCGUUUGGGUCUGGGAGAGAAAACUUGGGAUCUGCAAUGAAAGGGAGCACAGGGGACGGUCACCUUCCGUGACCACCACCUGUGUUAAAGGAGAAGCCACCACUAGGUGGCAGCACAGGAGCAGGGGAACAGAUGAGCGCCAAUUGCCCCGCUCCUCCAACACCUGAGCACCAACCCCGGCCCACAGGCGGGGACGAGGGUGUCCUUCCAGUGUGAUCAGAGGAGGGGCACGCGAGACCCCAACCUGUCCCGGGGAGCCCCGAGGGACUGCGGCGGAAGGGCAGGGAGGCCAGGACACCUCCGCGCCGCUGCCCCAAACCAGUCUUCACUACGGCUCAGCUCAACACGAGCCUCCAGCCGCAGUGCCCAGGGCAUCACGGUCCCUUGGUACGCGUGGACCACAGGGAAAGACCGUUUGCCACACUGCAAAGGCCCUGGGCAUCUUACCCUGCAGAGCUUGGGCCUGGCCAGCUGUUAAGAAAAAGUAGAUGGGCCCCAAUGACCUAAGCAAAGGGAUGCCUAGGAAGCCGGUCAGGGGCUGUUCCCGCUCUUUCCAACGUUUUGGUUUUGGUUUUGGUUUUCUGAGACUUUUCAGAUAGGGUCUCCCUAGGUAGCCCAGGGUGGCCUUGAACUCAUGGCAAGCCUCGUGCCUCAGCCUCCCAAGUGCUGGGAUGACAGGUGUGCACCACCACUGUUCCUUUGAGAGAUUUUCUGAUCAGAAGACCUCACCCGGAGCCUUGACCUCAGGUUGUGCUGCCCUAACCAGCUAGUCUGCAAAAGACGAAAACAAAGGAUGGAAGAGGUUGUGACUAAUUGGCCGAGAUCACACAAAAUAUCAUGGGGAGGAGGAAACGAGAAAGCCCUGGGAAUUCUUCAUCAGUCGCUUUGCUUGGUUGACUCGCCUGAGUUCCACUGCUGUUAGCAGCUCUGGGGGGCCAGCUGCAAGGCCCCCAAGUUCCAUGCCAGUUCCCAGCAUCACCUUCAAAAGCAGUCUGAGUUCAGCACGCGGGUCAUCCCAGCACUCAGGAGGCUGAGGCAGGAGGAUCGCCUCGUGUUAGGCCAGCCUGGGCUACAUAACUACCUGGCGAGACCCUGUCUCAGAAAACCAAAACCACUUUGAGAAAGAUGGCGCUGAUUUUGAGAAAGAAAGGAAAAUCAGGAAACAAACAUCUGUCCUUUCUCAUCUCAAGAGUAAAGCUCUCAGAUACCAGGGACAGCGGUAUCCUCUUUGGCUUAAGAAAAUGAAACGGGAAAAAGCCCUUCCCGCAGGGCCCUUCGGGGAGCAGCUUGGAAGAUAAAUCCCGAGAGUCGCUGAUUUGUGAAUUCCCACAGCGCCAGGCAAACCUCAGGGCUGGCUGUGCAGACGGCAGCGUCUAUGCGGAAGUUCAGCGGCUUCACAGCCUGCUGACUCGGGCUCAUUUUCUAGUGUGUGGGCUCCCAGGCCCGCUCCUCCCCUCCCCUCGUCUCCGGCCCCUCUGGAAUUUACGGACUGUGGCUCCAGGAGCCUGAAACUCACAGUGAGGAAGAGAUUUCUGUUUUCCAAGAGAUUGAGAUUAUUCCCCUGAUUUCCCCAUCAAAAACUAACUGUUCCCCAAAUCUGCUAUUUUUCUCCUUAGGGUGAACCAAUGGCCUGGACAGGGGUAAGGACACACAGGUUUUAAGACGUAGCCUCUUUUGCAUAAAAACCUUUUCCAAGCGGCUGCAAAUAACAGAAUGAUGUCCAGAGAAAUUGAGGUAACACAGGGUGCCUGUCAUCCCAACACUCGGGAGACUGAGGCAGGAGAACUGCUGUGACUUUGAGACCAGCCUGGGCUGCAUAGUGAGCUCAACAUCAGUCUGAACUAUGGAGCGAGAUCUUGUCUCAAAAAACCAGAAAACAGAAUUCCUGCCCCCACAGGCCUGCUCUCUAGGAAUCACCUUGCCGGUUGGCCUUUUGCUGCCAUUCGGCUGCUCCAGGAGCUGUGAAGGGCCGGCCCACUGAUGGCAGCUGUGUGUGCUUGGCUCCCUCCUGAGGUCCCUCAGGGCCAGGGUAUUGCCACCACCUGGUGCAGUGCUACCGGCAGAAACACUGCAGUGGCUCUGGACCUGACAGGAAGCAGCUGGCCCCUCUCGUCCCAUCUGAGAACGACAGACCGGCCACCAGCCUGGCCCUCACUUGUGCCAGGGACACUGGGGUGGCUCACUCUAGCCACCACUCUCCAGGGCCAGCACUUUGCAUCUGGAUUCUUUUAUUUUCUUUUGGGCUUUUGAUAUAAGAGAGAGCUUCACUAAAUAGCUCAGGCAGGCCUUGAUCUUGCAAUCCUCCUGCCUCAGCCUCCAUCCAGAGUGCUGGGAUCAUAGGCGUGUGCCACAGUGCCUGGCUGCAUCUGAAGAUUUGAGAUGAUUUUUUCAUCGCAUCCAAGCUAGGGGUCCGGCGGGGGCAGCACUGGAAGAGCUGAGCAUUUUGUUCUCACAUCACUGACAGUUUGAGCCAGAAAAGUCUACUUUGUGCAGCAGGGUGCUGGGGAGCGUUUCCACAGGCAGUCCUGGUCCCUGCCCCACCCCCUGAUCCCAGUUAGGAGGACAGAGGUGUUUCUAGACCUUGCAAAAGUGUUCCUAGGGGCCAAGCCUCCUCCGACUGAGAUCUACCUGCCCCGGCAUUGAGCACGAGCUCAGAGCUUCCCUGCUCCCUGGAAGCUUGCACCCCCUUCACAGAAGCCAGCUAGAGGCUGCAGGCCAGGCCCGGGAAGAUGCGGCACACAGGACCCUCGAGUGCUUCCAGGCCUGAACCUCAGGGAUCCGAUCGUGCAUAUGCUGGGCCGCACAUCUGUCACCCCUAGGAUCGCAAGUUCAAGGCACACUGAAGGCCGGCCUGAGCUACGUAGCCAGAUCCCAUCUCAAAGAAAUAAAAGAACCCCCCAAAUUAACACAAAACAGCCCAACCCCAUGGUCUUGGAGGAGGUGGGGACAGGAUGAAGGGCCCUGGGCUCUGUCACAUCCACUUGCUCAGGCGGCAGGGACAGAGUCAGCCUGGUGCCAGCCUCGGCCCCGCGAAGCUACUUCCCCCGGGUCUGCGGCACAGGCACCUGGAAGGGUUAUUAGCAGGAUUGGAACUCGUCCCUCUGCUGGGACCGGCUCAUAAUUACACUCAUUUUCCAUCAGCAGCGCCUCUGUGCUCCCAGCCUCAUCUCUCAAGGAGGAGCGGGCGGCCUUAAAGGGCCAGCACCCCAGGAGCAGAUGCACCCUAACUGGCAAGGUGUGUCCAACACUACAGCUCCCAGGCGGGCCAGCUGAACCACCACUGCCACCGGACCUUCUGCUGAGGACCCAGCUCCCAUGCCCACAUGGCUGCCAGGGCGAGGGGCACUCGGGGCUAGGGUAGCAGGGAAGGAGCUGGCGGAUCUUCCAAUCUGUGGUUCAGCAGGGAAGAAAGAAGGCCAGAUUGUGUUGCAGCACAGGAAAUCUGGGCCCGGGGCUUCCCUUCAUCUGAAGGUUACAGAAGCAUCUGUGUUCCUGCCAGCCUGAGAGAGAAACCCUAUAAACUUCCCCAGGAAAGGGACCUUGUGGCAGCGUAGGCGUGUAAUCCUAGCCCUCAGGAGGCUGAGGAAGGAGGAUCACUGGGAGUUCAAGGCCAGCCUGGGCUACAUAACAAGACUGCAUGUCAGAAAAGAAGAAAAACAGACGUGUUUAUUGGACCUUGAGGUUUGGAGUCUCCAGCAUUCUUGCUCUCCAUCCAGGCAGAACUGUUUCUCUCUCGAGGUCGUUUCUCUGAGAUGUUAGCUAUGGUUCCUAGCGCCCGGCUGGUCAGCUGGGUGCACAGGGGUCUUCAAAGCAGUUCCUUAGUGAGCAGCGAUAAAGGGCAAAGGAGGGGCUUCAAAGUGAGUUGGGCUAGGUGCAGUGCAAUCCCAGCUACUCAGGAGGCUGAGGCAGGCGGGUCCUGAGUUCCAGGCCAAACUGGGCAACUGAGAAGCUGUCUCGAUAUUUUUAGAAAGGACUGGGGUUGUAGCUCAGUGGUUGAACUUUUGACCAGAAGGGUCAAGGCCCUGGGCUGCAUCCCCAGGAGCACACAAAACCAAAACCAUUAAAAAGUUAAGGAAAUCUUCCAGAGAGGUGGGAAAGCUGACAUCCGCCCCGGGUUCAGAGGCCACAUGGCUCUGCAGCACCACAUCCUGGGGCGGGGAGCGCGGGCUCAUUGAUUCAGCAUCCCCUGGGGGCACUCAGAUGGACUGGCUGCCCCCACCGCCCUCGGAAGGCAGCCCUGGGGCUGACGCACUUCCGGUUCUAUUGUAAAGCCCCUGGAACUCUUGGGCUCAUUGACCACGCUCCACCCACCUCAAGUUGUUAAAAAUAUUCAGCAAACCCUGUGUGGUGGCACAGGCUUUACCUCCCAGCACUCAGGGAGGCUAAGGCAGGCGGAUCCUUGGGAGUUGGGGCCAGCGUGGGCUACACAGCAAGACCUUGUCUCAAAAAAAAAAAAAAGUAGCUAACUUAGUGUGUACAGCACGAUGGCUGAAAGGUCCCCAUUUCCCCGCAAGGAAAGCCAUCUGGUAGAGAAGGAGAUGCCGUUAUCUAAGGACGCAGCAAUGGAGAAACUAAGGAUCUCAGAGUGAGAUCUUCUUCCAGGGAACAACCCUGAAAACCACUGCAGGGGAUUUUUUUUGUUGUUGUUGUUCUUGAGAGUAAUGGUGGGCUUAACUUUAAAGAAAAAAAAAAGGUUUUAAGGAAAAUAAUUUCUCAGCGGUUAAGUACCCCUGUCAUGCAAAUAUACUCUGAUCACCUAAAGAUAUGCUUUGUUUUUGUUUUAUUGAAAUAAAUUCUUCCUAUUUAGCCCAAGCUGGCCUGAAACUCCCAGUGAUCCUCCUGCCUCAGUCUCCCCAGUGCUGGAAUUACAGGUGUGCACCCCCACACCUGGCCUCUCAAUUAAAAAACAAGGUAAAACCUGCCUACCCCCCUCACCUGGCACUGAGGUCAGAUAAAAUGCGUACAAAGUUACUCUUCUUAUGUAAGAAAGCCAAAGCUUCCCCUAAAAACACACACACCCUUCACCAAAUAACACCCCACACACUCCCAGGCUCCACUACCUCGCCUCAGUAACAGAGGACAAGUCUUAGGCCAUAGGAAUAGCUGUUGGGAGAGAGAUGGGGAGGUCAGGCGUGUCGGGGCAGGCCUGUGACCCCAGGACUAAUGAGGCUGAGGCAGGAGGGUUGCUGUGAGCUGCAGGCCAACUAGAGAGACCCUGUCUCAGAGAAAGAAGGGUGGCUUAAGCAACCGUCCAGGCUCUUCAAAAACCACUACCUAGGCUCAAAAUGUUUUCAUCCUGUAACACAGCUGGGUGGGCCCAUCCCGCGGGGGGAACCCCCCCCCCCCGGGCCUGAACACGUUGGUGGGGUACUGCGCGGGGUUCUUAGCUGAGCAGAGCCUCAGCACGGCACCGGGACUGCUGGCGACCGUUAGGAAAAAGCUGGGCGUCAGGGAAAUUUGCAGCCGCCCUGCUGCCGGGCGCGGGCGCGGUGGAGCGAAGCGGCGAGCGCGCUGCUGCGCUGGCGGAGUGAGGAACCGCCGCGGACCACCCCUGGCUCCCUGUCUGGAAGUUUCGAGAUCAGAGAGCUGCGCACAGCUGGGUUCACAGCUGCACCAUUUGGAGCCCCGGGCUCAUUAAUAUUCAUGAGCCGCCCCCACCAAUCGGCGGCCGGAUGCCAUUAGCCGAGCAUCUGUCGCCUUCGCGCGGGCUGCCGCCCCCUCCGAAAUGAACUUCCUUUGACGUUUUGGAUUUGCCACUGUGGAUUUUCCAGCCUCGCCUUGCUCUGCUGCAUCAGAUGGAGAGGCCCAGGGGAGGUGGGCAGGAGCGAGGGGUGGGCGCCAGCCCCGGGUCCCCAUCUGCCUGUUGACAAACUUUAUUUCCCGUGCAGCACCUGGCCCUGCCAGGCAACCAGGCUGCAGGGCGACAGGGCAGGUAAAUUACACUUAACAAGGUUGUGGCUCCGAGAAGGCAGCAUGCCCAGGUGGCACAGGGCAGCCACACUGCCUGCUUCUGAGGUUUCAUUCCCAUGCUGGGAAACUCAGGAUUUGCCCAGCAUAGUGGUGCAGAGUCGUGGUCGCCACAGCACUCAGGAGGCUGAGGCAGAAGGAUCACUGGGAGGUCUUGGGCCAGCCGGGACUACACUGGCCAGACAGGAAUCACAACAACUGGAUUUUAUCCUUGCGUUUUAUUUCAAGCCAAAGCCCCUCAAUUCUGAACUGAGGCACCACCACAAAGGCUGGGAGUGACAAAGGCUCGGUCACAGACAGGAUGGCUUUGGGGCACAGGCCUGGGGCCAGGCAGAGGGCCUCACUAUCCCUUGUCCCAACCCCCAGGCUGCUCUUCCAGAGCCUGGGGCAGCACCUGCUGGACCAAACAGGUGGCCUCCUGGCCACACCUCAGCCUCCAAAGCCCUGGGGACAGGGAGCUACUGCUACAGAGGAAGAAAAGGGUUUGGAACAGAAAGGCCACUCUGGCCCCACAGAGAAAAGAACCACGCUCCUCCAGGACAAAGCCCCCAGCACCUGCCCCUCCCUCCAGCCAAGACCACCACGUCCCUCGCCAGAGGCACAGAGCUGUCAGACUCCCGGGCCCACUCAGCUGGCUGAGGUCUUGGGAGCCACAGAAGCCACAGCCACAGGCGUUACGGUGCCUGGCCGGCUUGGCGGUGUGACCAAGGACAAGGGAGGCGUGGGACGUGGCCACGCUCUGGGCAAGGAAAUGGGCAGGAGCCCAGGGGCCCGAAACACAGUGCUCACACAGGAGGGUCGCAGGUUGCCGGGCAGCUUGGGCAGCUCAAGACAGUUGGUUCCAAAUAAAAAUAAGGGGGAGGGGUGCAGUGGGGCAGCCCUAGGUGCAGCACACAGGAUGCAGAAAAGGAAGGAAGGAAGGAAGGAAGGAAGGAAGGAAGGAAGGAAGGAAGGAAGGAAGAAGGAAAGGCAAGGCAAGGGAAAGGAGAGAGAGAGAGGAGCCAGGUGUGGUGGUGCGUAUCUGUCAUCCCAGCACUCCAGAGGCUAAGGCAGGAGGAUGGCCAUAGGUUCAAGACCAGGCUGGGCUACAUAGUGAGACCCUGUCUCAAAAAAAAAAAAAAAAAAAAAAAGAAAAGAAAAAGAAAAAGAA